UCCUUCACCAGGGGCGCUGUAAGUUGGCUGGACGAGAAUGAAACAGAGAAGAAGACGUCCGCACCUUGCUGCAGAAGCAGAAGACACCGGGCUCAAAUCGUGCAAAGCAGAGAAAAAGCAGUUGCUGGUGUUAACAGGAACAGUCAGAAACCAGUGAAAGUGAAGAUGGUUCUGAAGGAGGUGCCUGCUGAAAACAUCACCCGUCCCCUGGGCAGGAACGAGGUCAUUGGCUUGCUCUUCCGCCUCACAAUAUUCGGAGCUGUCACCUACUUCACCAUCAAGUGGAUGGUGGAUGCCAUUGACCCCACAAGGAAGCAGAAGAUGGAGGCUCAGAAGCAGGCCGAGAAGCUGAUGCGUCAGAUCGGAGUGAAAAAUGUUAAACUGUCUGAGUAUGAGAUGAGCAUUGCUGCUCACCUGGUAGAUCCACUCAGCAUGCAGAUUGCCUGGAGAGACAUCGCAGGUCUGGAUGAUGUCAUCACUGAAUUGAAGGAGACCGUGAUCCUACCUGUUCAGAAAAGACACCUGUUCCAGAAAUCCAGACUGCUGCAGCCUCCCAAAGGUGUGUUGCUCUAUGGCCCCCCUGGAUGCGGUAAAACACUGAUUGCCAAGGCAACAGCAAAGGAGGCGGAAUUUCGCUUCAUCAACCUUCAGCCGAGCACGCUGACGGAUAAAUGGUACGGAGAGUCGCAGAAGCUGGCUGCUGCUGUGUUCUCACUGGCUAUUAAACUGCAGCCGGCCAUCAUCUUCAUUGAUGAGAUUGACUCAUUCCUGAGGAGUCGCUCCAGCUCGGACCAUGAGGCCACGGCCAUGAUGAAGGCCCAGUUCAUGAGUCUGUGGGACGGACUAGACACAGACCACCACUGUCAGGUUAUCAUCAUGGGAGCCACCAAUCGUCCUCAGGACCUGGACUCUGCCAUCCUGAGAAGGAUGCCCACCAGGUUCCACAUCAACCAGCCUAUCGCAAAGCAGCGAGAGCAGAUCCUCAGACUGAUUUUGGAGAAUGAAAGCGUGGACUCAUCUGUCAACCUCAGAGACAUUGCCAAGGAAACAGAUGGAUUCUCAGGAAGUGACCUAAGAGAAAUGUGCCGUGAUGCUGCCUUGCUAUGUGUCAGAGACUUUGUCCACAACCAGAGUGACAGCGAGCCAGAGGAAGCCAUUCGUCCCAUCGGUCAGCUUGACCUGCAGGCCGCUGCCUCCAAAAUGAAGCAGUCCAAAUCAGCUGGUGGUCCUGGCAUAUUGCUGCAUGCCGCUCUGGACUGAACACAUGGGUCACAUGACCCUUUUGCAUCUCUACCUGUGUGGAAACACACUGAGCAUGUGCCACUGUCUCUCAUUGAUGCUUUAAUUGAAACUCUACAUCCCAUCUCUUCCUCCAACAACGAGGGUGGGGUGUUUGAACCUGAUGUUCCUGAGGGGAUGAGUUUUACUGCUGCACCUCUGCUGGCUCAGACUUUAGCAUUCUGAUCCAACAAAGACGUUCUGCUGGAACGCACGGCUGGGAUGUCCUAUCACCCAUCAGCUCCUGCUGCUAUGACAACACCUUUGACCUGAAAACUUUCAGAGAAGCCCUUAUUGUGGAAAUCCUCUCUUUAGUUAAAAUCAAUAAUCUGAUCAUUGUCGGACAUGUAUGAAAUUCAUUUUUCUAGAAACACACACAAAUCUUCAGAGUUCCUAAAGUAUUGUUCAGAUUAAACUGGAAUAUGAAUUAAUGAGAAACAAACACAUUUUUGAUUUUAAUACAGAAUGGAGGCUCAGCGUCCUCAUAUUUUAAUGCAUUUAUAACAAACAUGUCAUUUUGAGUGUCAUUAUUUUUGUUUUUAUGCAUUUACAUAAUUUUUUAAAAAUGUUUCCUGAAAGGGGCCAGAAAAUAUCUGAUGGUUUCAUAUUUGAGGAACAGUUUAUUUUUCACCAAAGUUUGGUGUUUAUUUACAUUUUUCUGUCUGUUUAUUUUGGGGGGAAUGUUUUCAAACAUUGGCUCAUGUUUGUUUUGAAGCAUUAAAAAACAAACAUGAAACUGAAUAUUUUGUUGACAUAUUUUGUUUUUAGUUACUGUUUGAAACCUCAUCACAAAACAGAUUAGAAUGAUAAAAAACUGAGAAAAGUUGUUUAUUGAAAAGUUGGACAAAAGACUGAACUUCUUGUCCGAUCAACUGCUGCAAGUUUGGGUUUUUUUGUGGGCUGUGAGGGAAAGUUGUAAUAAACUUGUUCAAACAACACAAA